GGUAGGUAGGUAGGUAGGUAGGUAGGUACACGGCUGUAAGGCGCAGGAAGGCUCUAGACUUUCCGGGCUUACUUGGGGGAGCGGCCAAACCUGGUGACAGGGAUUAAUGUUGGGUGCCAACUGCUGUGGACAUGCCCUGCUUUGCUUCUCUCAUGUGCCUCGCUCGUGGCUACCACCUUACAUACUACCAACCUACCCUGUCUUUUCGUGUGUUGGGGAAGGGGACGUGGGUUUGCAGUGAGACCUUGGCUCACCUGCCCAUGCAUCCAGCCGCCAUUUAGCUUGCAUGCGUCAAACGUCAGCCGCGUCAACAGUGCUUGUGUAUCUAGAACCAACGCCAACAUCCACAAUCACUCGGGAUUUUCGCUUGUGCGACCAUAUUGUCUUUGGUAGUCACCGACUAACAUACACCGCCCUCAGCCUCUCGUUGGGGACCGGAACGGAGCCUCACCUAUUUUCUUUUCCUCAUGGAUACCAAGGACACCGACAAGGACACCCACCACCCCCAUCAGCCGCCAGCCAUGUCGUCAACGGCGGACGGCCCAGACGCGGCGCUGCGGCACGUGUCAGAGGCGCAGCCCUUCCCGCGCGACACGGGCCCGUCGGUGCGCUACGUGGCCGAGGGCAUGGCCAACAUGGUCUUCAGCUUCCCCGGCGGCGGCGUGCGGGACCUGCUGCUCCGGGUGCCCAAGCGGGCCACGGGCAGCUACAGCGACAUCCACGGGCACUGGUGCCGGUACAUCUACCCGCUCUUCCGCCCCGCCGACCUGGUGCCCCAGUACCUGGUGGCGCUCGACGACGGCGGGGCCGGCGGCGCCGACAGCAACGGCGACCUCGUGCGCUCGGCCGUCAGGACGGAGCUAGACCGCGUUGAGGGGGAGGGAGGCCGGCCGCUCAAGUUCAGAGGGUCAAAGCUCAAAGAGGACAUACGGGAGGUGAUGCUGAUCCGCGACAUGCGGCCAAGAGACGACGCCGAGAAGCUGAUCGAGUUCAAGCCCAAGUGGCUGGCGCAGUCCCCCACGGCGCCGGCGGGCGCCAGGCGGUGCCGCAACUGCGCGCGCGAGGCGCUCCGGAGCCGCAAGAAGGACGAGUUCGUCGGCUCCAUCCUGUGCCCGCUGCGGCUGCUGGACCGCGGUAGUCCCGAGUCGCUGAGGAUCGUGUGCGACGACCUCACGGCGGCGGCCGGUGCCGACGCCGGCGUCUUCGCCGAGGGCAGCCGCGGGCUCGAGAGCCUGCGCGAGUGGCUGCUCACCAACGAGCUGCUGCCGCGGCUGCGCGACGCCCAGCUCGCAAACGACACGGUCGGCGUGCUCGAGCCCGAGGACACGUUCGGCCUCGGCCGCGCCAUGACGCUCCGCGACUGUACCUGCUAUGUCCGCCUGACGCCCGGCGGCGGCGGCGGCGGCGGCGUCGAGGCGCGGCUCGGCGAUCUCGAUCUGAAGGACCAGGAGACUAAGCUCGAGUAUUGGAAGAACAUGGAGCUCGAGCUGAUCGACGGCGGCUGGUACAUGGGCGCCGAAGUGCCUCGGGUCAAAACAAACUGCCUCUUGGAGGCUUGAAUGGGAGUUGGGCUGAGCCUGGGAAACGGACUUUUGACGAAAACUUCACAUCCAGCAGUAUUGGGGAGGCAAACAUAAUUGAGAUGGACGCCAUGAGUUGGGGCUAAUAUCCCAAGCAACGGAUGACUGGAGAGAGAGAGACAGAACCAGAAAGCAGAGAAAGUCGGUAUACAAAUAAGCUUAAUAGCGGUGUACACGAGGUGUGGCGCAUGGUAUCCGGGGGUUUCUUUUUCUAUGUCCUCGAACGCCUCUCUCCUUAAAAACAUCAGGGGGAAAAUUAGAGCAGGUUAGCCACAAGGCCCAGCAAUACCGUGAUUGACGAGUUCUGCUAUCAUGCUACAGAGCCUAAAAACGCGUCGCUAUUUGGCGG